AAACAACUUCAUCUCAGUAAAGAAGACCAUGCAGCCUGCAGUUCAAGUAUGGUUUGGAGAAGAUCUUCCUUUAAGCCCACGGAAUCCUCUGACUCCCAGACAUGGGCCAGGGUUGGCCAAUGUUUGUCAAUAUGAUGAGUGGAUAGCUGUGAGACAUGAAGCCACUCUGUUGCCUAUGCAAGAAGAUCUGUCAAUCUGGUUGUCUGGUUUGUUAGGUAUUGAAGUCAAGGCGGAAAGCCUAUUGGAAGAACUUGACAAUGGAGUGCUGUUGUGCCAGCUGAUUGCUGUUCUUCAAAACAUGGUGAAAGCAUGUAGCCCUGAGGAGCCACGAAAUUUUCCAAUGAGAAAAGUGCCCUGUAAGAAAAAUGCUGCACCAGGUUCAUUCUUUGCCAGAGACAAUACUGCAAACUUCCUCCACUGGUGUCGACACAUUGGGGUUGAUGAAACUUACCUCUUUGAGUCUGAAGGAUUAGUUUUGCACAAAGAUCCAAGACAGGUAUAUCUUUGUCUACUUGAGAUUGGACGAAUUGUGUCCAGAUAUGGAGUGGAGCCACCAGUGUUAGUAAAACUUGAGAAAGAAAUUGAGUUGGAAGAGACCUUGCUCAAUGCUUCUGGGCCUGAAGAUUCGAUUAGCAUUCCAAAAUCAUGCUGCCAGCAUGAAGAGCUGCAUGAAGCUGUCAAGCAUAUUGCUGAAGACCCUCCUUGCAGUUGUUCACAUAGAUUUUCUAUCGAGUACUUAUCUGAAGGCCGUUACCGACUAGGGGAUAAGAUACUGUUCAUAAGAAUGCUUCAUGGAAAACACGUUAUGGUCCGUGUUGGUGGAGGCUGGGACACUCUUCAAGGAUUUUUGCUUAAAUAUGAUCCCUGUCGAAUAUUACAGUUUGCUACACUGGAACAAAAAAUUCUAGCAUUUCAAAAAGGAGUUUCUAAUGAAAGUGUACCUGAUUCACCUGCCAGAACACCUCAGCCUCCUGAGAUGAAUCCUUUGUCAGCAGUUAACAUGUUUCAGAAACAAAAUCCAAAACCUGGCACAGCAGUUCCCAGGAGCAAGGAAAAACAGGUGCAUCCACCAGGCUCUCUGCUGCCGGCUUCCUCUCAGAAAGCAGGGCAUCCGGGCUCCACAUCAGGCCCUUCUAAAGGUCCAAGUUCCUCAGCGAUGCCUUCCCAUCUCAAGCUCAAGUCUUCAAAAGGCACAGCUAAGAAGCCACAUGUCCCUUCAAACAGCAUCUCGUCUUCACUAGGCCCAGUAGGUAACAGCACUUCUUCACCUGUAUUAUCAAGAACUGCACCUUGCGUACCUGAGUCAUUAAGGAAAUGUGUCCCAUCCUCCAGUACCCCUAAGGCCAGGGUCAUUCCAGCCCACAGUUCAAAAGAGCUGCCAAGUAAGUGUUCUGGAAAAGCUGACUUGAAGUAUUUGAAAGACAAUCAUAUUUCUUCAAAGGAUGAUAAAGCAGUUCACUCAGCUGCACAUUUAGGUUCUUCAUCAAAGUAUCCAAAGGCACCUAAAGCAAACGUACACGUAAGACCUAAACCUUCCCCCUUUAAGUCCCCUGCCAAAAUGACAAAACCCAAUUCCAAAGCCACAGCCCAAGGAGCCCAGGCCCAGCCAUCUGACAGAGCUGCACCUGCAGGGGUGGUCCCGGCCCAGAAACUUAAACCAGCCUUGAAUCUAAAUCAGCCAGUUUCUGUGGCUUCCGUUUCUCCUGCAAGAAAUGCACAGGACUCAAAAGACAGUAAUACAGCUUCAGUUGCCAAAAAGCAGCAUCAGUCUAAAAGUCCAUGCCAAAGGGCAGGACCCAGCUCCUCCAAAUCCCCUGGCCGCACUCCACUGUCCACCAUGAGCCUUCCCCAGUCUUCUGUGAAAACACAGACAGCAACCAAGCCAGCACACACUGCCACCAAGGGCCAGUAUUCAGCCAAAGGACCUCCAAAAAGUGGCAAGACCCCAACUUCCAGCAGGAAGCCACCUUCAUCUGGUAAGGAAGCAGAUAGUGGAGAGAGAAAACCUGCUGCCAAGAAAAAGGAAGAUGAUGACCACUAUUUUGUUAUGACCGGAAGUAAGAAACCUAGAAAAUAAAUAUGCAUGUGGCAUUUUAAGAAAACAGGACUGGAGCAGAGUGAAUGUGUCCAAGUUUCUCCCAUGCAUAUGUGUUCCGGAACAACAUAGAAGGGUGACGGGUGUUGGGACGAGGAGGAAGUUCAUCAGAAUCCACAUCUCUGAAUUCACCAGCAACUAUUCUUGUGAGGCAAAGAGUUGUGAAAUCACUACAAGGUUCUUUUUCAUACUAGAUAUACAUGC